AUGCUUCAGUUUUCCGCGACUUUUCCGAGAAGAUUUAAUCGAUGGAAGGAGAUUCGAGGACUACAUGCCGCUGCUAAUACUUUUGGCUCCUCUGCUCGUGGGUGCAUCAAGUCCAACGGAAACCCGCAAAUGAUCGCAGAAAUUGCGCCUUUGUCUGCUCAAUCUUUUUUCUACCCAGUUGUACCCAAUUGGUCAAGUCUACGACCAAGAAGCUACACGACUUUGCUUACGAAUUAUUUUUCGAAAUUUUCGUUAGCAGCAAUGGAGGAGUCUCGUACUCAGCGCGACAAGAGGGGCCAAAUGUCUCCAACCCAAGAGGAGUAUAACCGGGUCACGGCUUCGGCCUCCGUCACGGUCCUCGCGAAGCAGCUACACGACUUUGCUUACGACACCACUGGUAACAGCAAAUACCCUGGGCAGGGCAGCUCACAACAAUAAUAUGUGGCGCCCUCUCCACUCACCACCUGACCUUGCCCGGGCAAAAAUAUUGUUGAGGCAACGGUCGUCGCGAGAGCACGGCCAGCUAUCGUCAAGAAGCUGGUCAGAUUUAUUCAAAUUACAAUAAAACUAUGGACCGCUAAAAUAUGUCAUUAACCUAUCAUUGACGAACCUAUCAUUGACGGGACAUUGCUCCGGAUCAAGGAACAGCUUCUAUUCAAAGAGUUGGAGAUGUUGUCACUCCUCUUACACAAAGCGCAUACAAGUGGGAAUACUGCAGAACUUCAUGUGCCCUGCACCUCAGGAAGUCAAAGGAAGCAGUACGAAUUUCGACGGAGACGAUAUCUUUAACUUCGCUUUCCCAAGAGAAUUCUCACUCCCUCUCUGAAUGAUCGCUUGAUCGCAAUCCCACUGAGCAUCUCAAUCCAACUAUCCCUACGACUGCCAGCGAUGAAGGCCUCACAAGCGAUGAGCCUCCAACAGAGUAAGAACUGAAAAAGAGCACGCAGCCUCCGACAAAGAUCUCAAUCCCAAUUCACUAAUUUGUUGCCCUCUUUCGAUUCUUACUCUGUUGGAGGUCAAAAGUGCUCAGGACAACACCAGAAGGUGCUCAGGCCGCACUAGUCUCAUUAAAAAGGAAUUCUCAAGACUCAAGGAACUCAAUGCCGAGGUCAUGAGAACAUAAAAACUCAUGAAGAACUAGUCUGGAGGUAGUCAUACGGGCGAUGGCCGCUGGCCAUCGCUGAUGGUCAACACAGAGACAAAUGAUACGGUUGUGACGAGUUUAUCUUCAACGGAAUCCUCAUCAUCGUGUGCAAGGUCGAAGGUGUCGAAGUCGUCAAAAAUUGCUAUCCUGAUUGCUGGACCCUUGCGGCUUACUUGCUUCGGGUGCUUCUGUAUUUAUGACCGGAUCCAAUGAAGCUUCAAUGGUAGUUAUGGUUGGUUGGAGAACCACUUCGUCCAUUUAGUGUCGAUUUUAGUUGUGUGAAAAACUGUCGUUGAUAGCUUAGCUGAAGUAGAUGAAUUUGAAAAGUGCUUGCU